AUGGCCUCGUCGAGAUCAAACGGGCGGUUUGUGGCAGCAAGUACCAGAAUCCUCUCGCCAGGCCUCGUCAGCAGCCCAUCCCAAUGCGUCAUGAACUCGUUCUUGAUCUUCCUCAUAGCCUCGUGCUCCCCGACCCUCGUCCUCUGCCCCAGCAUGCUAUCGACCUCAUCCACAAAUAUAAUAGUCGGGGACACUUUUGCUGCCAGCGUGAAGAGGGCUCGCACGUUCUUCUCGUCCUCACCGAACCACUUGGACGUGAUGGUCGACAUUGACACAUUUAUAAAGCUGGCACCCGCCUCGUUGGCAAUGGCUUUGGCCAACAUUUUCUUGCAGAACACUGCUGUUAGUAACUCAAAAUGA